AUGGCCUCUUCUCACGUUAUAAAUGACAUCGCAACCAGGGGAUUCGGCGAUGCGAAGUCUUAUGAUACACAUCGACCGUCUUACCCUCCUGCUGCUGUCACCAAUAUCCUUGGACGUCUUGGUCUCGAGGGCCAGUCAGGCGCCAAGAUCAUAGACCUCGCAGCCGGCACUGGCAAGUUCACCGAACUCCUGGCUGCCAGGUCAGAGGGAUUCGAGAUCGUCGCUGUAGAGCCAUUGGAUUCGAUGAGGAACAAUCUCGCAGCCAAGCAGCUCCCCAAAGUGGAUGUUCGACCUGGUACAGCAACUGAUAUGAAGCACGUGAGCGAUGGAUGGGCAGAUGGUUGCAUUAUAGCACAGGCAUUUCACUGGUUUGCCAAAGAAGAAUCCCUCCAGGAAAUCCACCGAGUUUUAAAGCCUGGUACCAAACUUGGACUGAUCUGGAACGUUGACUCAUAUAACCAACCCGAGAGUUGGCCUUCCCCUACAGGCUGGGAGAAAGAGCUGUUGGAUCUCAACUUUAACGAAAAGGCGGACAAGGAGCCUCGUUUCCGACACCAGGUCUGGAAGCAGGUCUUUGAACGCCAGGCCGAGGCUGAAAAGCCAUUCUUCUCCACACCCAUAGAGACUGACAAGGUUUCAUGGUCGGUUUGGUUGACACCUGAGGCCUUGUGGGACAGAUUCAACACCCUCAGCUGGAACGCGCUUCGAGAAGGUGAGGAGCGCCGAGUCUUUAGGGAGAAGUACGACAAGAUUGUGAAAGAGGGUGGCGGCGAGAUCAAUGACAAAGGCGAGAUUGAGCUUCAUGGGUGCACCUUUAUUGUCUGGAUAUCACGAUUGGAUGGCCCUUAG